AUGCUUAACAAAAGGUGGUCAGCCAUAGCGACUCAUCUUCCGGGAAGAACCGACAACGAGAUAAAGAACUUUUGGAACACACAUAUGAAGAAGAAGAUGAUCCAGAUGGGCUUUGACCCGAUGACCCAUCAGCCCAGAACCGACAUCUUCUCCAGCCUCGUAGCUCUAGCCAAGCUGAUCGAGAAUCCAGCCGGCUGCUGGGAGCUGGAGCAAGCCGUACGGCUCCAAACCGAAGCCGCCCACAUGGCCCGACUCCAAAGCCUCAUCCUCCAAAACCUCCCAAAGUCAAAUUACCAUUUUGACCCCAAACAACUUCCAAAAUAUCAACAGCAACAAUAG